AUGUCCCUCCCCGUCCACGUCGCCAUCUUCGACCUCGACGUGCCCGUCCCCGCCGUCUAUAGCGCCCGAGGCCUCUACAGCUCCAUCUUCCGGCGACUUCUCGAAAAUGCCGCCUCGCGACUCAACCAGUCGCGCAGUCGUCCGAUCGCAAUCCACACCUCAUCCUGGGACAUCCUAGGCGGCAGCUAUCCUCCGCUCGCGAGUCUACGAACAACCGAGAAUGAGUCUGACUCUGACAACCCCACUAACCCCCUCGCGCUCCCCAUCUCCGCAAUCCUCCUUACCGGCUCCGCCCCCGCGGCCUACGACACGGCCACCCACCCAUGGAUCAACCCGCUCGCCGACUACCUUACCCGCAUCUACAAUGACUUCCCACAUGUCAAGAUCUUCGGCUCGUGCUUCGGCCACCAGAUCCUCGCGCAGACACUCCUCUCCCCGCCAUUGAAGAACGAACUCUGUCCGGAAGGCCGAGAAAUGGGCCUCGUGCCGAUCGCAUUGACGGAGGGAUUCCAGGCCUCCUUCCCGCAUGUGAAACACGCGCUGCCGGAGGGUCGGAUGCGUCUGCAGAUGAUCCAUGGCGACUGGGUGGUUCCUGUCUCCGGGGCGAGGGAUCCGGUCGACUUGCCGGCUCCGUGGAUGAAUAUCGGUGGGAGUCAGGCGUGUCCAAUCCAGGGAUUGUAUUGUCCGAAGAGGGUGCUGUCGUAUCAAGGACAUUUCGAGUUCGAUACGUUCGUGAAUGUGGAGACGUGUAAGGAGUUUGGGAAGAGGGCGGGGUGGAAUCCGGAGUUGAUAGUGGAGUGGUUGAAGAUGAUCGAGUUGGGGAAAGGGAAGGGGGAGGGGGAUGAGGAUGAUGACGAUGCGAAGGUGGCGGCGGAGGUGGUGGUUUUGUUCUUUGCUGGGGAGGAUCAGACGUGA